AAGUAACCGAAUACAAUCAACUUAUUUCCAUAUGUUUUGCUCAUAUUUCGAAACUCAGCUGUUAUUGUGUUUGUAUUAUAUCUUUCUUUUAUACUCUUUUCUAUUUAUUCAUUAUGAUAAAUUGAAAAAUUAAAUUAUUGAACAAGUAAAAAUAAUAAAAUAAUACUAUGAACGAGGGAGUCAUGGUAUCCAGCUACGAAAAUUUCUUUGGUGGUUCUGGUUUGCCAUCUGAAUUGGCUGUAGAAAUGGCGGCUGCUACCACCAUGCAUGCAGCUACCGUCGCAGAUUGCGAUAAAGAUACAUUGCCAACACACUCGCGACGUUUUACAAAUCCCUCGAACUUUAAUGCAUCAUUUGUGAGCUCAGGGGAUUGUACAGCACAGAAUAUAGUUCCUGGGCAAAUAGGAUUUCCGUGCAAUACCAACAAUAAUGUUGGUCAUGUUGGUGGAAAUAGCAUUUCUAACUCAAGUUUUAACCAAAUCCCCUUUGUACAAAUUCAUACAAUUAAUGUGCAGCCACAGAGUGCAUUCAAUAGCACACGGUUUCGACGUAAUGCAUCUAGUAAUCACGAAGAGAUUAAGGCGGAACCAAUAAAGUCAGAAAAUGCCGAAAGUACCAAAGAGCGUGUAAAUGCAACACCUACUCCGCCAAGCACUUCUCAACAGCGGAGUGAAUGUCAAACAACAAAAAAUUUGGUUCAAAAUGAUACGGUCGUUUACUCAGUGAAAAACGGAAAUGUGAGUAUAGACACUACUCAGAAGAGCCCGAACGAUGUUGAUGCUGAAAGGACAGAAACAUGCGACACCGAAGCAACAUCUCUUACUUAUCCUAACAUCUACAAAUGCCAACAUUGUACUUUUAUAUGUUUGUGUGAAAGGGAUCAACAACUUCACUUAGAGGCUACACAUCAGGGAAACUUUAGUGUUUCUCGAGAAAACAUAAAACGUACAAAGAUAAAUUGUCCUGGUUGUGAAAAUAUUUUCUACGCUUACACAGUUGUGGAGAUACAUCUCCGUGAAGAUCAUUUAAUGUCCGAACACGAUGUCCUAGAGCUGAUGAAAAGAAUAAAGAAAUAUAACGAUGCCAGAAACGAGAAAUAUUCCGAUUUAACAGCUGCGACUGACACUUCAACCAACGCAACUCAGCGUCGAAGCCGGAUAUAUUUAAAGAAUGUAGAAUGCUUGCGUGAACCGAAUAGAGAUCCAAUAGAGCAACAAGACAAUUUAAUUAGCGACACCUUAUUUCACUUUGAUAACGAUGAUUGCAAUCCGUUAGAGAACAUUGGUAGCAUAAGCAUGGAGGACCAGGACCUUAUAGGUAUGCUUACUAGCACCGAAACAACAUUUAAUAGCAAACUAGAUCACAAUUUGGACAACAUUACCAAUGAAACACUAGUAUCGAACGUGGAAGCAAACAGUUCGAUAAAUCGACCGAAACAAAAAAUAUCCAUCAAGAGUGUUGACGUGUUAAGAGAACCGUCCUUAGUACGCCGCGAUUAUGAGAUGCAAUCUUUCGGCGAUUUUAUUAAUACAUGUAGUGAUUUAAGUUUGCAUAUAGCUAACAACAACAACAACAACAUUAGCAAUAUCAGCAAAGAAGUUAAUGACUCUGAUAAGAAUAACAAUGGAAGAGUAAGCGAUGACUGUGAGCAAUAUAAAAAUUAUGCUGCAGCUUCAGAUAGAGAAUUAUUGGUUGGUACUAACAGCGAGACAGGCAUUGUCGAAUUUGCAAAUGAUUUUGUGAGACCAAGGAGACCUAAAAUUUAUAUUAAGAACGUUGAUAUACUGAAGGAGCCAAUGACAUUUUCGGACAAUAACAAUGCCACCAUCAUCACGGACUCCACUAACAACAACGCUAUGAAUUUCAAUUUUAUGCCACCAACAAUACCGCAAACUACGAAUUCCUACCUUGACCCGGUUGAUGCCUUGAAUGCAACAGUACCCCCAUUUAACGGUGGCAUGUCACAGCUCGCACUGGGAACCAUAUCGGACCAAUAUCUCUUCGAUGGCGGUAGUGCUAAUUUUUUGAUAAAUAGCGUGGUGCCUACAAACGAUAAUUACACUUACGAGAGUGAAGAAAAUUCCGAAAACUUUUUAACAGACAGUGAUGGUUUUACUGAUCCAAUAACACCGAUUGUAACCGAACCCGCACCGUCAUCACCUCCCGUUGCUACAAGUAUCAGCAGCACAACUAAUUGUAUGGCAAAUGCUCAAAUCCCACAGAACACUUCCGCUUCGACAAACAUACAAAAACAGAAAAUUUUCAUAAAAAAUGUUGAUAUUCUAAAAGAGCCACAAUUCCAGGAGCCACGCGGCUUAUUACAUUUGCGUACCGUUGACGAACUGAAUUUAAUGAACAGAAAAGAAGUUGAAAACUUGAUAGCACCGAAUUUAGAAGGCAACCAAACAAAUCCACCCGAAGAGGAGUUGACUGAUAAAUUUGCACACUUAAAUAAUACAAAUGGAGAACCGUUAUCUACAAUUGAAAAUUGCAACGAUGCCAAUGUAAUUGAAGCUAUCUCAUAUGACUGUGAAGGCUUCAAACUGAACGAGUUUUCAACACAAAAUGGCUGGCACGACGAUUAUGAUUUGGGUGAAGACAUCAGAGAUAUCAUAACUAGUACGAUGGCGCCAAGUGUACCGACAUCACAAAAGGUCAUACAUGAAUUGGAUACACCGCAAAUAUCAUUGAUAUCGAUACCAGAUAUGGAAGACCUUAACGGAGCAGGGGUACAUUUCAAUGCUGAAUCAUUGACAGACGUUGAAACUAACUUGUCAGCAAAUGUGGAUCAUCAUCAAGUUAAUACAGAUUUCACGUUUGAUUGCGAAGUCAUAACAACUGAUAAUAAUAUUCCUGAACAAGUCUGCAGCUCAGAUAGUUUCGUCAACCCCAUUGUCGCUUGCAAUGACGAACCGCAAUUAGCAGCCGAAUCGACGAAUGUUGUUCCUUUAGAAAGCACUAAUGAAGUAAUGAAAAAGGAACACCUAAUACAAAGCUCCUCUGCAGAAAACAUUGAUAAUGGUUUGCCACAGAAAUCGAAAGCAAUCAACUUUGAUGACAUUCCGCCACUUACUUCAAUGAGUUCGGCAACCUAUACCACAAACACUACAAUAAGUACAUCGGCAACAAUUUCUGUUCCAAGCGGCUUGCCGGUGCCGCCACUGGUGCCAAUGCUACCACCGAUUCAAUUUCCAAAAACUGUAGCUGCCCCUACCGCUAGCACCGCCACAAACCCAACGGAACGCGGACGCAUUUAUGUAGCAAACAAUUUAAUGCAAAAACCAAACACCAACUUACAAUUGAAAAUUUCUUCUAAAAAUGCGAGAGAUCUCGAAAAACAACAAGCAAAAACACCGAUUGCAGUGUCGGUAAUGGGUGGUACUUCAGUGCGUGGUCGACCGUUCGGCUCAAAUCGUACUGGCAUUACGAAACUCCGCAAACACCCACCAAUUGAAAACGGUGCAGGCAUAUACCUAAAAUGUACAGUUGCUGGGUGUGCAUUUCGAUUCAAGAAGUCGACCACAUUGGACUACCAUAUUAAAUGCCAUACCAGUGACCCGAACCCGCCGUCCAUGGUAUGCCCGGAAUGUAAAGCUUCUUUUACAAACUGGAAUUCACUGCACACACAUCUCUGGCGAGGACAUAAAAUCGAUAUGGAGCUUUACAGCUGUGAAUUGUGUAGCUUCAAAACUCCCAUUUAUUCCCGACUACUAAAUACACAUUCCAAAAUUCACUACGAAGAGCGCAACUAUAAAUGCGAACAGUGCGAAAAAGCUUUCAAGAAUACAAAACAAUUGAAAAAUCAUCGCCGUUGGCAUCGUAAUCACAAUAAAUCCAUAAUAACAACAAUAUCACCAUCUUCAUCAGCGAAAAAAUGUGAAACUUCUAAAAAAGCGAACGCAACAGUUUCUCAAAAUGACCAAAAGGACACAGAAUCGCAGUUACCCUCAGCAUCUAACACAUGCACAGCCAAUACUACAACAGUACCUGUAACAGUAUCACGAGACUUUCAUCGUUGUAAAGACUGUGAUGCUGUAUUUUCACACCAAAAAACAUUACGCGAACAUUUGUGCAAAAAUGCGUCUGCGGCCGUGCAAUGUACGAUAUGCGAACGCGUACUUACGUCCCGCUCGUCUAUUAAGUUGCAUAUGCAAUCACACGAGCCCUCGCAUCGAUUUAAAUGUAACGCCUGCGAAUAUUCAACGAGUGAUCAUAACGCUUUUCGACGCCACAAAAUGACCCACGACAAUAAUGCUAAGAUGUAUGCGUGUGCACACUGCAACUACAAGUCAAUACAAAGCGUGUCAUAUCAGAAACAUGUGCGGCAAAAACAUCCCCAAGUGGCCGAUUCGAUCGUUUAUAAGUGCAAAACAUGUUCAUAUUCGACCAUAAAUAAAGCUUUAAUCGAUAUUCAUCAAAUUAAACAUGAAAAUAGGAGUGGACCAAAAGAAGGAACUACGGCAGCGGCAGUGACAAUGGAAAUCGACUUGGGUGGCGUUGAGAAAUCCAAACAAAUCAGCCAUAAUACCGUCAACAAUCCUGCGGCACAGAAAACUAAAAUAAAAGUUAAAAGUCACCUGGUACUGACAACCGCUUCUGAUUCGGCAACGGAAUAUAAUGAUUUGUGCUUAGAUGCAGUAACUAUGCCGGCGUAGUAAAUAGAGCCAAGUGAUGGCUUGUAAAAGACAUUAUGUCGCCACAUGUACAUAGAUAUGUAUAUUACAAUAACAAAUCCAUUUUUAACUUUGUAUUUAAGUUUAUUUGAAAAUUUGAUAAAUUACUAUAAGUUUAUCAUGUGUGUAUGUACAUAUGUACGUCAACUAAUAUGAUGAGGAUGUACAAAUGUUUUGAUGUAAUUAUGAGUAUGUAAAUAGUUUAGUUUACCAGACAUACG